AUGAGCCGCCGGCUCCUCUUGGCCUCCAAAAGGGCCUCUAGAGAGGCCCCCCAAGGGGCCCCUCAAGGGGCCCCCCUAGGGGCCCCUCAAGGGGCCUUCCCAGGGGCCCCCCCGGGGGACCUCCGAGGGGCCCCCUCGGGGGCCCUCCUGCCUAAUGCUGCCUCGGGGGUCUUUGCGAGGAGGCCCUUCUCUCCUCAGUUUCAAUUGCAGCAAAAUGUUUACCAAGAUGUGCAGCAGCAGGAGGCACAGGCCCCUCUUGAGGCGCGCAGCAGCAGCAGCAGCAGCAGUAGCAGCAGCAGCAGCACUAGCAGGAGCAGCAGCAGCAGCAGUAGCAGCAGCAGCAGCAGCAGCACAGGCACGUACUUGCUGCACCCCAUGUCGAUUCAUUUUGUGGCGACAGCAGCAGAACUGGGGAAGCAUUUCGAGUUUCUAAGGAAGCAGCAGCAGCAGCAAAGCCGCAUUAUUUACACGCAGCAAGAGCUGCAGCAGCUAAGGGCCCAGGGGACCCCCGGGGCCCCAGGGGGGCCCCCAGGGGCCCCCAGGGGCCCCCCAUUCUUGCCCAGUGGGCGGCGCCGCCGGCUGCAGCUGCAGGACUUUCAGCAGCAGGAGCAGCCGCAGUCAGUACCCUCUUGGGAGGCCUCCGGGGGCCCCCCGUGGGGCUCCCUGAGCAGCGGGGGGCCCCUCUGUCAGCCCGAGGGUACAGAGGGUACAGAGGGCCCCCCCAGCGGCGAAGGCCCCCAAGGGUCAGGGGUUUCCCACUCCCCAAAGGGCCCCCAGAGCUCAGGGGGCCCCCAACCGUUUGGAGGCCCCCUAGGAGCUGGCAGCAGCUCAGGAGGCACUGGGUCUUGGGCCCCCCCUGGGGCCCCUGGGGCCACGGGGGCCCCCGGGGUCCCGGGGGCCCCUUGGGCCCCAGGGCCCCCGGGGCCCCCAGAGGCG